CCGCGGCGUGAGGGGUGUUCACGGGUGAAGGAGACGCCCCGCACAGCGCGGGGGGUGGAGGGGACCCCCUGGAGAGCACCCCGGCGCGUCCCCCCCGCCCCCUAAGGCCGGGUCACCCCGGGCAGGGGGCACAGGAUCGCGCCAGCACCACAGUCCUGUCCCCCGGGAGGAGAUUUUGGGGUGAAUUUCCCAUCCGGGCUGACGGGUGACUCUCUCAGAGCGAGCAGGAGAAGCAGGAGCAGACGGAGGUGCAGAAGGAGAAGCAGAGAGAGCUGAUCCUGCAGCUCAAGACGCAGCUGGAUGACCUGGAGACGUUUGCUUACCAGGAGGGCAGCUACGACUCCCUGCCACAGUCCGUGGUCAUGGAAAGGCAACGGAUGAUUAUAAACGAGCUGAUAAAGAAGCUGGACAUGGACCUGAGCGAAGACGUGGCGACGCUGUCUCCGGAGGAGUUGCGGCAGCGCGUGGACGCUGCCAUAGCACAGAUCGUUAACCCGGCCAGGGUGAAGGAGCAGCUGGUGGAACAGCUGAAGACACAGAUAAGGGACCUCGAGAUGUUCAUCAGCUUCAUUCAGGAUGAAGUUGGAAGCUCUGGUAAGGCCGAAGAUGGACACUGCGAAUGUGCAGGCAGAAAAGAUGGCGGUGGCUCCUACAAACCAAAUGCACGUCCUUCUGGAAAUCGAGUGAACCCAGAAGAUGCCAGAAGGAUGCGAGAAACGGGCCUGCACCUCAUGCGUCGCAUGCUUGCCGUGCUGCAGAUAUUUGCUGUCAGCCAGUUUGGCUGUGCUACCGGUCAGCUUCCUCGUACCCUCUGGCAGAAGGACCAAGCCAACAAGGACUAUUCCCCUUUAAUUAAGAAACUGGAGCUGUCCGUGGAGCGGGUGAGGCAGCUGGCUCUGAAACACCAGCACGAAGAGCACGUUAUCAGUUCCUCUGACCUGCAGGACGUCCCCUUGGGAGGCAGAGACGAGCUGACUCUCGCCGUGCGGAAGGAGUUGACCAUCGCUUUGCGAGACCUGAUGGCUCACGGGCUCUACGCCUCCUCCCAAGGGAUGAGCCUGGUGCUGGCACCCAUCGCCUGCUUGAUCCCUGCCUUCACCUCCUCGCCACAGACCAUGCACCCCUGGGAGCUCUUUGUGAAGUAUUACAACACUAAGAACGGACAAGCCUUCGUGGAGUCCCCGGCUCGCAAGCUCUCCCAGUCCUUUGCCCUGCCCGUGACCGGAGGGGUGGCCAUCACCCCCAAGCAGAGCCUGCUGACAGCCAUCCACACAGUACUCACAGAGCACGACCCCUUCAAGCGCAGUGCAGACUCGGAACUGAAAGCCCUGGUGUGUAUGGCACUGAACGAGCAGCGCCUGGUCUCCUGGGUCAAUCUCAUCUGCAAGUCUGGAGCUCUGGUGCAGUCCCACUACCAGCCGUGGAGCUACAUGGCAAACACGGGCUUCGAGAGUGCCCUCAACGUCCUCAGUCGCCUCAGCAACUUGAAAUUCAACCUCCCGGUUGACCUGGCUGUCCGGCAGCUGAAAAACAUCAAAGACGCCUUUUGAUGUAUUUUUUGUUGUAGAUCAUCCAUUUUCCACGAAUAAGGCAGCUGUUGGGCUCGAGAAGCCUGGCUUUUUUAAGACCGAGUUUGGCUCUUUGAAAUCGAUAACUUGCUUUUCAGGAAAUCUUAUAUGGUGACUUGAUGGUGGAAAUCUGUGUUUUACGGGACUGUCAGUGCGAAGCUGCUGGGGGCUGUGCAGCCCCCCUCACCCUGCCUGUGGUGUGGGGCUCUGAGGAGCAGGAACACCUCGCUGGUGAGCAGAUGCCAGCGAGUGUCCUGGCUGCCUCGGGGCGGCCGAGGGACUUGCCCUCUGCAGCACAAACGUGUGAGAAAACGGGGGUCACGGGCUCUGCUGCUUGGGCCCCUUGGCCACCCGCAGCCAUGCUCUGCAGGGGGUGGGUGAGGGACUUUGCCCAGCGACCCCACAGCUCCCGUUUCCGAGCUCCUGUGCGAGGCUUGGCACCGCGGCGCCCGGUGCUGUAGAGGGGAUGCAUUAAACGGCUUUGACAAGUGUGUGGGA